AUGUUGUCAUAUAUGACUAAAAUUAGAGUAUGGUUGUGUGUACUAGUUGCCUGCAAAAUUACACUGGCACUUAAUAAUGGAUUAGCUUUAACGCCACCAAUGGGUUGGCUUGCUUGGCAACGAUUCAGGUGUACUAUAGAUUGUGAUACUUUUCCAGACGAAUGUGUCAGUGAACAAUUGUUUAUGACUACAGCUGAUUUGUUAGUAAGUGAAGGGUAUGAUAAAGUUGGAUACAAAUAUGUUGUAAUCGAUGAUUGUUGGAUGAUGCACAAUCGAACAGCAGAUGGAAAAUUACAAGCUGAUGAAAAGCGAUUUCCACAUGGGAUUAAAGCUCUUGCUGAUUAUGUUCAUUCAAAAGGGUUAAAAUUUGGAAUUUAUGAAAGUGUUGGAACAAAAUCUUGUGAAGGAUAUGCUGGUAUUAAAGGUUACGAAAAGAUUGAUGCUCAGACAUUUGCAGAAUGGGGAGUUGAUUAUGUGAAACUAGAUGGAUGCUACACAGAUGAACGAAAUAUGGAUACAAAUUUUCCACAGUUUGGAAAAUAUUUGAAUGAAACAGGAAGACCGAUGAUUUACUCUUGUUGUUGGCCAUUUUAUCAAGAAGGUAAAGGAAUGCAGGUUAACUAUACACUAGUAUCUCAAUCCUGUAAUUUAUGGAGAAACUAUGGGGAUAUACAAGAAUCGUAUGCUUCUUUAUUUGAUGUACUUGAUAAUUUUGCGGUGAAACAAGAUAUUUGGGCUCAAUAUGCAGGUCCAGGACAAUGGAAUGACCCAGAUAUGUUAUUGAUUGGAAAUUUUGCAUUGAGUCACGAGCAAAGCCAAACACAAAUGGCUCUAUGGGCUAUAUUAGCUGCACCUUUAUUUAUGUCAAACAAAUUGUCUACCGUCCAACCAAAUUUCAAGAAAAUACUACAAAAUACUGAAGUAAUUGGAGUCAAUCAAGAUAAACUUGGCAUCCAAGGCAAAAGGAUCUAUAAGGACCAAGGAAUUGAGAUAUGGACAAAACCAGUCGAACCAAAAGAGAUAGAACACUAUUCGUAUGCAAUUGCUUUUGUUAGUCGUCGGACAAUGGGAACACCAUUUUCAUACAAUAUUACAUUAAAUAAUUUAGGAUUAAAUAACCCAAAUGGAUACAAAAUAAAGAAUUUAUAUGACGAUAAUACUACAGUAAAGAUUUUAAAACCAGAUUCACUGCUUAAAGUUAAAGUAAACCCAUCAGGAGUGGUCUUAAUAAGAGCUAAUAUUAUUUCAAAAUAUGAUUACAUACAUGGUCCAUACUUUUGA